CUCCCGGAGAAGUGUGACCCUUUCUGUGGACUCUUCCCCUGCCUACUGCUUACUCUGGUACCUGCUGACCGCCUCCAAAUGUCUUCCGACAAGAUCUUCGCUGAGGGAGAGGUCUGCAAGUCGGCCUGGCACAAAGCUACAGCGGGUUACGAUGACACAGACACACACUUGGAGAUUUUGGGGAAGCCGGUGAUGGAAAGGUGGGAGACCCCAUACAUGCACAGUCUGGCUUCAGUGGCAGCAAGCAAAGGAGGACGGGUUUUGGAGAUUGGCUUUGGCAUGGCUAUUGCAGCCACUAAAUUGGAGGAAUAUAACAUAGAGGAGCAUUGGAUUAUUGAGUGUAAUGAUGGCGUAUUUCAGCGGCUACAGGAGUGGGCAAAGAAGCAGCCGCAUAAGAUUGUGCCCUUAAAGGGACUAUGGGAGGAUGUGGUACCAACAUUACCGGAUGGCCACUUUGAUGGGAUCCUGUAUGACACUUACCCCUUGUCGGAGGAAACAUGGCACACCCACCAGUUCAAUUUCAUCAAGGGCCAUGCUCAACGGUUGCUCAAACCAGGCGGAGUUCUCACAUACUGUAACCUGACUUCUUGGGGAGAACUGCUGAAAUCCAAGUAUUCUGAUAUAGAAAAUAUGUUCCAGGAUACACAAAUACCUCAACUGGAGGAGGCUGGCUUCAAACGUGAGAAUAUUAGUACUACUGUGAUGGACUUAAUACCCCCAGAGGAUUGUAGAUACUACUCUUUCAAUAAGAUGAUCACACCUACUAUUAUCAAAGUUUGAGUACCAAGACAUUAGUUUGCAUCUUGCAGAUCAAAGUAAUAUGGUUAAAUAACCAAAUAACUCAUUCAAAAUUUUAUAUCCACCUUUUAUGUACCAUAGCUCAAUCCAA